AUGCCGAUUCAGACCGCAGUUGAGGUUGACGAGAAUGACACAAUUGAUGCGGAAGAAGACGAGUCGGGGCCCGAUGUCACCUUGCACUCGAGCAGCACCUACCUCGAGUGCCUAAGCCACUCUAAACCACAAGCCCGUCAUUGGCGUCAUGCAAGGCCGAAUCAGCAGCGGCCGAAAACGAAGGGAAGCUCCCGAUGCCACCUCCAGCACCACCUCCUCCGGAAGCCGGCUGGGACGCCAUGGUUGAAGAUGAAUACACGAUUGACGCGGACGAAGGACGAAGACGACUCGGAAUCCGACAUUGCCAUGUACUCACGCAACACUUACCUCGAGCCCCAGCCGCUCACUCUGAACCGCAAUCCUGUCAUCGGCGCAGUCCAAGGCUCACCUCAGCAGCGACCCGGCCCUGCCCCUCCUCGCCGACUUUGA